UCCGCAGGGCAGCCGGGGUCCCCCCCAGGCCUGGCGGGACCAGGAUGCAGACCGUUCUCCUCCCCCCAGCUCCCACCCAGCACCCCCACCCACUCGAGCAUCCUGCCUGAGUGGAGACAGCCGGAUGCCGGCUGACCCAGGGCCUGAGGUGGGCAGCGGCUGGCCGGGCCUCCUCAUGUCCUGCCUGAAGGGCCCCCAUGUCAUCCUCAAGAUGGAGGCCAUGAAGAUCGUCCACCCCGAGAAGUUCCCCGAGCUCCCGGCCACGGCCCCCUGCUUCCCACCUGCCCCCCGGCCCACUCCUGCCCUGGCACCCAAGCGUGCCUGGCCCUCAGACACAGAAAUCAUUGUCAACCAGGCCUGUGGGGGGGACCUGCCUGCCGUGGAGGGGGCACCCCACACCCCACCACUGCCACGGCGGUCCCGCAAGGGCAGUGCAGAGCUGGGCUUCCCUCGCGUGGCGCCAGCAGACGAGGUCAUCGUGAAUCAGUAUGUGAUCCGGCCCAGCCCAGUGGCCGCGGCGGCCACCCCGCCCCAUCCGGGGGCCAGUGGGGGGGUGAGCCCGAGGGCAGCUGCUACCAGACCUUCCGGCAGUACUGCGGGGCCGCCUGCACCUGCCAGGUGCGGAACCCACUGUCUGCCUGCAACAUCAUGUAGCGCCCGCCCACUGCUGCCACCGGCCCUUGCUCGCUGCUGCUUCAGGGACCUGGCCCUGCCCCAUCGCCUGCUGACCCUCCUCACCCCACCCCGCGUGGCACUGUAGCUGCAGCCGACUCUGCCAUUAAAACUCUUUGCCAAAGUUUG